ACUCAGUCGACUGAAUUUUUCUGUUAUCUGCCACCGCCCCUCUCUAAGUCCCCUUGGUGCCUGAAUACUGGUGCUCUGCAUCUUGGCCGGAACGGGGAAAGUGGACUGUUUGGCACCCCAUCCCACGGGGAGGAAUUUUUCCGCUUCCCCUUAGGAAAAACUGAGUUUUCAAGGAUGGUGCUGAUCCACUGUUGUCUGCUGUGGUUGCUCUUACCGCUCGGCUCAAGGACACAGAAGCUGCCCACUCGAGAUGAGGAACUCUUUCAGAUGCAGAUCCGGGACAAAGCAUUCUUUCAUGAUUCAUCAGUAAUUCCGGAUGGAGCUGAAAUCAGCAGUUAUAUCUUUAGAGACACGCCCAAAAGGUAUUUCUUUAUGGUUGAGGAAGACAACACUCCAUUAUCAGUCACAGUGACUCCCUGUGAUGCACCUUUGGAAUGGAAGCUCAGCCUCCAGGAGCUGCCCGAGGAGGCCAGCGGAGAGGGUUCAGGUGAUCCUGAGCCUCUCGACCAACAGAAGCAGCAGAGCAUUAAUGAAAAAGGCACUGAGCUGUUUUCCUACAAAGGAAAUGAUGUUGAGUAUUUCAUGUCUUCCAGUUCUCCAUCUGGUUUGUAUCAGUUGGAACUUGUUUCCACAGAGAAAGACACCCACUUCAAAGUGUACGCAACCACAACGCCAGAGUCGGACCAGCCCUACCCUGAACUCCCCUAUGACCCAAGAGUAGAUGUGACCUCCCUGGGACGAACCACGAUUACUUUGGCCUGGAAGCCAAGCCCCACGGCGUCCUUGCUGAAGCAACCCAUCCAGUACUGUGUGGUCAUCAACAAAGAACACAAUUUCAAAAGCCUGUGUGGCGUGGAAACAAAACUGAUUGCCGAUGAUGCUUUCAUGAGGGCACCAAAACCUGGUCUGGACUUCAGCCCUUUUGACUUUGCCCAUUUUGGAUUUCACUCAGAUAACUUAGGGAAAGAACGCAGCUUCCUUACCAAACCUUUCCCAAAGCUGGGGCGUCAUGUCUACUCGAGGCCCAAGACUGACAUCCAGAAAAUCUGCAUAGGAAACAAGAACAUCUUCACCGUGUCUGAUCUGAAACCUGACACACAAUACUACUUUGACGUGUUUGUUGUCAACACCAACAGCAACAUGAGCACGGCUUACGUGGGUACGUUUGCCAGGACCAAAGAAGAAGCUAAACAGACAGUAGAGCUGAAAGAUGGAAAAGUUACAGACGUGUUUGUUAAAAGGAAGGGAGCAAAGUUUCUAAGGUUUGCUCCAAUUUCCUCUCACCAGAAGGUCUCCUUCUUCAUCCACUCCUGUCUGGAUGCUGUCCAGAUCCAAGUGAGGAGAGACAGGAAACUGCUUCUGUCCCAGAAUGUGGAAGGUAUUCGGCAGUUUCAGCUGAGAGGGAAACCUAAAGCCAAAUAUCUCAUUCGACUGAAAGGAAAUAAGAAAGGCUCAUCUAUGUUGAAAAUACUAGCCAGCACAAAGCCAACUAAGCAAGCAUUUCCCUCGAUCCCCGAAGACACGAGAAUCAAAACCUUCAACAAACUCCGCACCUGUUCUUCAGCCACAGUGGCAUGGCUAGGCACUCAGGAAAGGAACAAGUUUUGCAUCUACAAAAAAGAGGUAGAUGAGAACUACAAUGAAGACCAGAAGAAAAGAGAACAAAAUCAGUGCCUAGGACCAGACAUGAGGAAGAAAUCAGAAAAAGUUCUCUGUAAAUAUUUCCAUGGUCAAAAUCCACAGAAGGCAGUGACCACAGAAACGAUCAAAGGUCUUGAGCCUGGAAAAUCAUACCUGCUGGAUGUUUAUGUCAUAGGACAUGGGGGGCACUCUGUGAAGUAUCAGAGUAAAAUUGUGAAGACCAGGAAGGUCUGUUAGUCACCCUGCAUAGAGAUGUGUGACGUAGGACUCUAGGAGUAACAUGAAGUCACUUUAAAGAUAAACUGACUACUCCCACAGCUGAGAGAAGGUGUGCCCCAGGUAUGGAAGCAAGGCUGUGAGUGUGUACUUAUGGUUGUGUCUAAGACUGAUUGCUGGGAAGGAUCUGUACUGGUGUGCCUCCAUGGCAGCUGGUGGGGGUCGAUGCCGCUUGAUGUCAAAGAUAGAGGACAUCUCGAAGGAUCUGCCAUUCCUUGCUUCGACCACUUGCAUGAACUGCUUCUAAAUUAUUUUAUUACCUACAAAUGUAAAAGAUGCCAUUCAUUGCACACAUCCACAAAUGCAAAUCAUUCAUCUCUAUAGAUGCUAGGGGAUUUAUAUAUAUAUAUAUAAAUUAUUUUAUAAAGUCUUGUCUUACAUGUGUUUCUAUGAUUGUAAACUGUUAAAUUCUUUCCUGUUAAAGUACAGAUUUAAUCUAAGUAUUAUUAAGUGGACAGUCCUCUAGUCAAUUAUAUUACUAUUGUAAAGUCUUAUUUGUUGGAUAAAAUGUUUAAAUGCUGUAUGUAUCUCAUGUACAAAGUUGACAUAUGUUAUAUUCAUGUACAUAAAAUUAAAGAUAUUAGAUUAUAUGCUGUU